AUGCUCGCACUCAAGUCACAACUCAUUGGCGCCGCUCUCGUGCUGGCAUUCUGUGCUGAAAAAACCUAUGCAGGAGAGUAUGCGUAUUGCAACAAGUACAUUUGCUCACCCAGCCCGAAGCUACCGCCACGUAAAGACGACUACAAGAAUCUUUGUGAAGCCCCGACUGACCCUCAUAAAGACUUUGCCAAGUGGCCUUGCUUCACCUUCUGGAACGGAGAUUUGUUUGAGGUGAACGCCGAUACGCCUGCUUCAGACAAAGGUCCCGACGACUUCUUCGUCGUCAAAGAUGAUACCAAGAAAGACUUUACGACUGUCGACCCCACCAAGGGCUUCAAAUUGAAGUGGUUCCAAAACACCCUUCAGAUGGAAUAUUCCAACUUCGACCAGGAGAAGGGCUGCUUCAAUAUCACGCUGAAACACUAUGGUUCCAAUAAACUCCGUAUCUGGGUCUCUGACGAGAACAGCAAAGGUCGAGACAUAGACACCUGGAAGCAGAAGGAGACGUCCAAGACCUUUUGCACAAAGUGGGUUCACAUCCAUGUCGGGCACGAUGGUCAUUAUAAAUGGUGGUAA